UUUACUGGUUGCAAGACUCUUGUGGUAUUCAAGGUUUCUUGGUUCUGUCAUUCUUCGUAUGUAUUAAAAGAAGUUUUAAGAACAAUAACUUCAAGAAUCAAUAAAACGAUGUGGUUCUUGGAGAAUGUGGUCUUUUAUAAAGAAUUAGCUAAAGAUGGGAACUUUGGUGCAAUAUAUGAACUAGCAGAAUGCUAUGUUCAUGCUUUUUCUAUUACAAAAUUAAAAAUUCUUCAAAAAAAAAAAAAAGAUAAUUCUUCACAAUCUUCACAAGAAUUCUUGCCGCUCGACUAUAGCCAAGAUGAAUUACAAGAGGAUUUAAUAAAUGUUGAGGACAUGAUUUCAUCAGAUAAUGAAAAAGAACACGACAAUGAUCCUGUGUUCGACUUAGAGCAAAGCCUAUACGAGUAUACUCUAGCUUCAGCAGAAUUUAGUGCGGAAGACAUACCAAUUUUGCAAGAAAUAAGUAAUGAAGAAACUGGCGAUGAAUAUACUGAAGAGAUUCCCGCUAUUAUGACAAAACAAACUACACUAUGCAUCAUAAUCGAUAAUAAUCAUGGAGAAAUACGACGCUGUAAUAGAGAAUCUGCUAAGGGAUUGCGAGAAUUAAUCAGUGUCUGGGAAAUUGACGAAGAUGCUGUUAAUGAUGUUAAUAAAGAACUUCAUCAUAAAGCAGACCCGGGAUGCACUGCAAUGCAUUUAGAUGAUACCGAAACUACGCUUCUCCAUUUUGCAAAGCUAAUUAAAAUAGUAGCAUACUCAGAAAAUGAUAUAAUAAAAAAGAAUUUACUUCAAGACCUCAUUCCAUGCAUAGAAAAUUUUAAUCUGGAUUCGUCUUCUGCAUCAUCUAGCAAAUUACCCAGCUUGUUUGUCGUUAAUACGAUUCUCAAAAUUAAAAAAAUUGAUUUUUCCAAACAACAACUUAUACAAAAACCCAAAAAAUAUGAAGAAUUUGGAAAAUCACUUGCCCUUAAAGUUUUAAAAUCACGCACCAGCUUAGCACCUUAUAAGUCAACAUUAGAAAGUCCCGAUUCUUUGCAGCAGUAUUAUGAAGCAAUACCAAAAUGCUUAACAAGCCUUUUUGAUAGUUUAAUUCAUACUUUGCUAUUUCAAAAAUAUGAAAUUGUUAGACAAAAACAAAAAGAAUGCAAAAGCACUAUAACUAAAUUUGACGAAAGCGAAAUAGUGAAAAGCACAGUAUUCUUGUCUUCUAUAAUUUUAACAACUACAUUUAAAGGCUGGAAAUUUUGGCUUCCACAAGUAAUUGAAUCUUUCUGUAAAUGA